AUGCCUAAUUUUAUUAAUAUUCGUCUAUGGAAGCCAGGUAUAAAAAAAUCACAACAAUAUAAAUCUUUUCAACGUAACUAUCUUAUACGUGAAUUCGAAUCAAGUCGAGUACAUACUAAAGUAAUGCAAACUCAUAAAGACAAACUAGAAAAAUUAAAUCGAGGUCCUAUUGGACAAAAUUAUGAAGAAAUGAAAUUAAAAUUAAUUCAUAAUAUAUCAUCACAUACCCUCUCACAGAUAGAAGAUAGAUUAUUAUGUCGUGGUUGGGAUUUUUGUAUAGAAAAUAAAAUAACGAAUUUCUUAGACUUCGAAACAGAUCUUGAAUUAAAUGUAAUGAAAUUACAGUCUCAUUGUCAUGAUUUAGUUUUUCGUUCAAUUUGCCGUAAAAUACAUAAUGCAUCACAACAAUUAAUACGCACAUCUAAACAUUAA